CGCCACGCCCCGCCACGCCCCGCCGAGAGGCUGCGUCUGAGCGGCAGUGCAGUGUGGGCAGUGUGUGGAGCGUGUCAUCGGCGAGCUGACAUGAUCGCGCUGGUGCUGCUGGUCCUCGCCGCGGCCGUGCGGGCCGCCCCGCCGCCCCAGGCUUCCGGGAGCGUGGUGCGCGCCCCGGCGUCGCCCGUCGUCAUCACCACGUGGGACUACCAGCAGGCGGCGGCCAGAGCCUGGAGGGUCCUGGCGGACGAGCAGCGCUCCGCGCUGGACGCGGUGGAGGAGGGGUGCUCGCUGUGCGAGGCCAUGCAGUGCAGGGGGACGGUGGGCUUCGGCGGCAGCCCCGACGAGGCCGGCGAGACGACCCUCGACGCCAUGAUCAUGGACGGGGUGACGAUGGACGUGGGCGCGGUGGGCGCGCUGCGCCGGGUGCGCUCGGCCAUCUCGGUGGCGCGCCGCGUCAUGGAGCGCACCUCGCACACGCUGCUGGUGGGCUCGCAGGCCACCAGGUUCGCCGUGCAGAUGGGCUUCCCCGAGGAGACGCUCAGCACAAACGGCUCACAGUCCAUGUGGCACGACUGGCUGCUCAACAGCUGCCAGCCCAACUUCUGGAAGAGCGGCAUGUCACCCGACCCCAGGAAGCAGUGCGGACCCUACCGACCCGACGAGAAGUUCCCCAUCUUGUCCGAGAUCCACGCGGCGGAGCUCGCGCCCAAGCCGAUGCUCCCCAAGACCGAGGCCAAGCCCACCGAAGCCGGGACGGAGGCAAAGCCCACCGAAACAACGACGGAGGCCAAGCCGACCGAGGCUGUGACGGAGGGCAGAGCCACUGAGGCUGUAACAGAAGCCCAGCCCACCGAGGCUGCGACGGAGGCCAAGCCCACGGCAGAGGCCGUGACGGAGGCAAAGCCAACCGAGGCUUCGACGGAGGCCAAGCCCACCGAGGUCGUGACGGAGGCCAAAGCCAUAGAGGUGGCCACCGAGGCAAAAGUCGAAGCCACGACGGAGGGCAAACUUAUCGAGGCCACCACUGAGGGCAAGGCCUCGGAAGUGUCGACCGAAUUCGUACCUGCAACGAUCUCGUCGGAGCCCGCCAUAGACACUAAGUCCAACGAAGCUGUCACAGAUUCUAAGCCCUUGGAGACCGCCACCGAAGAGGUCAGGAGUGGAGAAGCUGUGACCGUGGCUGCGGCCAAGCCCGUCGAGAUCACGACUGAAGCAGUAACAGAGGCGAAAGCAGAGGUCACGACGGCGGAGGCUUUCCCGGAGGGGAAGUCAGCGGAUCCCGCAGUCCCCGUCUCCACCGAGGAGACCAUGGUGGACACCGCAGUCGAAACCAACACCGUCACCGCCCCCGAGGUCACCGUGGCCGUGGCCGACGAUAACCCGAUGACAACGGCCGUCCCCGAGUCCACGACGUCGGGCGUCGCGCCGACGGACACCAUCCCCGAGGUCGUCGAGGCCGCGGCGCCGGCCGAGGCCAGCAGGCGGAGGCGCAGGCGGGCGUCCGUCCCGAGGGCCGUGGUGGACCCCUGGAACCACGACACCAUCGGCAUGGUGGCCAUGGACGCGGAGGGGCGGCUGGCCGCCGGCACCUCGACCAACGGCGCGCGCCACAAGAUCGCAGGGAGGGUGGGUGACUCGCCGAUCCCCGGCUCCGGGGCGUUCGCAGACCAGGAGGUCGGCGCGGCGGCCGCGACCGGCGACGGGGACAUCAUGAUGAGAUUCGUUCCUUCGUUCCUCGCCGUCGAGCUGAUGCGACAGGGCGCGACGCCCGAGAAGGCGGCCAACGAGGCCAUCCGCCGCAUCGCCGCGCGCUACCCGGACUUCUCCGGGGCGCUCAUCGUGCUGCGCAAGGACGGCGAGUACGCCGCCGCCUGCAACAACCUGCCGCUGCGCGUCUUCCCCAACGGCUUCCCGCUCACGGUGCGCUCCGCCGAGGAGGGCCGGGUGGCCAUCAAGUACUACCCCUGCGAGGGCGCCCGCACCAACAGCCGGCAGCUCCUGGACGGCGACUGGUGAUUGUGCUCACUCAGGACGCCGAUUAGAUUUUCCAAAUUCGGGAUUUACGCUUUUAGAAGUCUAAGGAAAUUCCGCGUAAUACAACCCCCCUGCGUUUUUCAAGGGGAUAAGGGGGCGGAGGGCGUGAAAAGUUACCAAUACUGUGCCAAUAAGAACUACAUCAUCGGAGGUCUGCUUGAAAGGGAGCUGAUAACAAUCGUUGCUGUGAUAUUUUUCUGCCUUCGUGUUUAAAUAAAACUAAGUUUGUUGUCGUUUA